CCCCAUGGCCUCAUCUCAGAAUGAAUCCUCCCGGCAAGGUUCAAAUGCUUCCCGAAAGGUGUUGAUCACUGGGGUGAGCAAGGGAUUAGGAAGAGCUUUAGCCCUGGAGCUGGCUACUCGCGGCCACACCAUAAUCGGUUGCUCACGCGAUCAAACCAAACUUGAUUCCCUUCAAGAACAGCUUUCUAAGUCGUCUCCAAUUCAUCAUUUCCUCUUCCCACUCGAUGUGAGAUCAAACAAGAACGUUGAAGAAUUCGCGCAAAUUAUUGGGAAACAAAAACUUGUUCCUGAUAUCAUCGUGAAUAAUGCAGGUUUGGCUCAUGAACAAGUGAAGAUAUGGGAACUUGAUGCACAAGAUUUUGACAACGUUAUUGAUACCAACAUCAAAGGAAUUGCAAAUGUUUUGCGCCAUUUUCUUCCACUUAUGAUGGCCACCAAACAAGGAAUUGUUGUGAAUAUUUCAUCAAGUGCCGGAAGAGAUACCCAUGAAAAUUUUUCAGCAUAUUGUUCAUCAAAAUGGGCAAUUGAAGGAUUAAGCAAAUGUGUUGCGAAAGGAGUAGCAGAGGGGAUGGCAGUUGUGGCCUUGGAUCCUGGAUUCAUAUGCACAGACAUGCUCCAUUUCCUCGUCGGUGAUGCAGCAACGCGAUGCCAAUCACCUGAAAAAUGGCAGAAACUUAGUCGCGGUCUGAUUCAUGGGCGGUUUGGUUCAUUGAAUAGACGGUGGGUCAGCUGGUUUGCAGGUCGAAUCGGGUCAGUUGGCGGGUCGCGGGUCGAUUAGGUUUGCAGGGGACGCGUGUCACAUUCUGGUUGGAAUCAUGUCGCUCCGCUCAACACUUGACGCAUUGAUCCACCCAACGAGCGACUGUGUCCCUCGCCUAGCCGGACCUGCCUCUCCUAUCUCCCAUCGACACAUGGCUCGCCACCUGCCUCGAUGCAUUUCUCCACCCGCCGAAUGACACGUGGCUCACUGCCUGCCCAGAAGCAAUUCGAUUUUUUAUAAUUUUUCCUUCCAUUUUCUCAUUUUCAUAUCUUUUAUUCUAGGAUCCUAAUUAACUCGAUUUCUUCAGCAAAGUUGUAGAUCCUAAUCUCAGCUAUGUCCUGUUAUUUUUUCUUAAAUUUUUACUCCAACAUAGACCAAUUUAUAGAUGUCGGAAGUAGAUACGUUCAUCUUAUCAUUCUUGGAAAGAACUCUCGGAUCAGCAGUUU